CUCCGGAACCCAGACCCCGAAUCCCUCCAAGAACUCCCCCUUCAAGCCGUCGAUCGAUCCACCCGCGAUACGAAAGCGAGCGAACGUAGAUUUCGUAAUAACCUUGAGCCGCGGAGAAGGGUCGCCGUAAAGCUCGCCGGAACCCGCCGUGGCUGCACUCGCCGGCGGGGAAGAGGGCUCGCGGGUUGCGCGCUUCUUCUCCUCGGUGCUCUCCGGGAUCUUUGGCCAGGGCGAGGAGGGGGACGCGAUGGCCGCACGUAAUCCGAACGUCGCUGCCGCUCAGCAGCAGAACAGAGGUGGUGGUGGUGUCCCCGCCAUGGGCAAGCAGAAGGCGGCCAUGGCCGGCAAGCCCGACCCCAAGAACACCCGCCGCGCCCUGGGCGACAUCGGCAACGUUGAGGCCAUCAACCGGCGCGCUCCCCCCCUGGGCGACAUCGCCAACGUCGUCAACGUCCGCGCGGCCGAUGGAAACAGGAAGUCGCAGCUCCAUGAGCCCGUGAACCGCCCCGUCACGAGAAACUUCGGCGCUCAGCUCCUCAAGAACGCCCAGGAGAAGGCCAAGAAUCCGGCGGCGAGACCUGCGCUGCGGAGGGCUCAUGUCAAGCCCGCCCCUCCUCCACCAGAGCACGUGAUCGAGAUCAGCUCCGACACCGACGUGACCAAGUCGGAGGCCAGCAGCGUCAGCUCCGUCCGCAAGUACUCGAGGAAGAAGGUGGUCACCACCCUCAGUCACGUGCUCUCGGCACGCUCCAAGUUUGCAGCUGGAAUCACCGAAGAACCAGUGAUCCAGGACAUCGACAAGCUUGACGGCGACAACCAGCUCGCCGUCGUUGAUUACAUCGAAGAUAUCUACAAGUUUUACAAGGUGGCCGAGAAUGACUGCCGCGCCGGAGACUACAUGGGCUCGCAGGUGGAGAUCAACGCCAAGAUGAGGGGCAUCCUGGUGGACUGGAUCCUGGAGGUCCACCAGAAAUUUGAACUCAUGCCGGAGUCGCUCUAUCUGACAGUCUACAUCAUAGAUAUGUAUCUGUCACUGCAGCCCGUGCUCCGGCGGGAGCUGCAGCUGGUGGGCGUCUCGGCCCUCCUGAUUGCCUGCAAGUACGAGGAGAUCUGGGCUCCUGAGGUGAAUGAUUUCAUACUUAUCUCCGACAGCGCCUACACGAGGGAGCAGAUUCUUAAGAUGGAGAAGGCGAUCCUCAACAGGCUCGAGUGGAACCUGACUGUGCCCACGCUCUACGUCUUCCUCGUGCGCUUCGCCAAGGCCGCGUCUUCCUCCACAGACCACAAGAACGACAAGGAGAUGGAGAACACCGUCUUCUUCUUCGCGGAGCUGGCGCUCCUGCAGUACGGGCUGGUGCAGUCCAAGCCGUCCAUGGUCGCCGCCGCUGCUGUCUACGCCGCCAGGCUCACCCUCAACAAGACCCCGCUGUGGACCGACACCCUGAGGCACCACACUGGCUUCACUGAAGCGCAGCUGAUGGAUGCCGCCAAGAUCCUGGUGGCCUCGCACUCGACCGCGCCUGACAGCAAGCUGAAGGUCGUCUACAAGAAGUACUCCAGCGAGAAGCUCGGAGGAGUCGCGCUGCGCCCGCCUGCGACCGACCUGUGCAAAUGAUCUGUCGUCUGUUUGUUGUUUUGGUUUGCAAGACUUGGGAGUGAUGAUGGAAGGCUUGUCUGACAUUUCGCCGUGUUUGUUUGUUUGGUCGCAAGUCAGGCAUAUUAUCUGACUUGUUGAUAAACUAUUAUUAGGAUUUGCGUGAUAAAAUACACCUUGGUCUUGGUGUAUAUAUAUGUCUUCUGAAUGUUUGUGUACGACAGUUAUUCAAUAUUUUGAAUAAUCUUUGAUGUCUGCCAUUCUGAA